AUGGCGGCUGAAAGCCGUCAGGCUCCUUAUAUUGGGCCAUGGACUGGAAGAGCCCAAGGAAUAGAUGAGUGGUUAAGUCAGCACAAAGUGGUCGUGUCAGCUACUACAGCUUCUCUCGUCUCUACUUUUGCUGGAUUCCCUUUAGAUUCAUUGAAGUCUAGAUUACAAUCUAGUAGAGGGAGUAUAUCUAUCCCCAAACUAGCUGCUGAAGUAGUCAAAGAAGAAGGUAUAGGAGGAUUAUGGAGAGGGUUUCCACUACCCUUAAUAACGAUAUCAAUCGUUCGAACAAUCUCAUUCACAAUUUAUACGUCGACUAAACGAAUUCUCAAUUCCACACCAGCAUCUUCUUCACACAAUGCUUCAGUUGAGCAUCCUUCACCAACAGGAGAUACUAGUAUAAAGACACCAUGGAUAGAUUUGCGACUUGGUUUAUUCACAAAAGACACCGCGGGGAAUAUAGCUGCUACUAGUUGCUUGGCGGGGGGUGCGAGUGGUGCGGUGGUUUGUGUCGGAAGCGCUCCGUUCGAACUUGUCAAAGUUCGCCGCCAAUUGGAAUAUCAGAUAUACCGUGAUACACAUCCUGAACUAUUCCAAGCGAAGCCAGCGCCCCUAUCCGGCGGUACAUUAGCUCCCCCUCCUGCCUCCAAACCAGCGCCCUUCGUACCACCCACGACGAUUCAAGCAGUCCGAUUGAUAGUGAAAUCAUCUGGAUAUCGGGGGUUAUAUACAGGAUGGAAAUUACAUUUCAUAAGAGAUACUUUAGGUACAGCACUAUAUUUCGCAGAAUAUGAUGUAAUGCGUCAUUAUCUAGGAAGAUCAAAGUCUACCUACACAGAAUCUGGUAAUGUGGACAGAAAAGGUGAUGUUCAAGGUGAUGUACCGAAUUUCGCCAAAUGGUUACCAAAAGGUUUAAUACCAUUCUUAUGUGGAAGUGUCGCUGGUGUAAGUAGUUGGGCAUUGAUAUAUCCUGUUGAUACAAAAGCUCAACAAAGAGGAUUAUCAGGACUUGAACCACGUACACCAAUAGUGCAGUUGAGGCGAUUAGUCAGAGGUACAGAUAAGAAUAAUCCCAAACCUUGGCUAGCUGGUAUCGCAAGGUUAUAUCGAGGUCUUGGAGUCUCAAUGAUUCGCUCAAUGCUCACCCAUGGUCUGCUGUGGACAAUAGUGGAUGCCGCUGGAACUUGGAUAGAAACCAAACCUUUCGAAAGAUUGGCCUCUGGUUCGACGACAAAUGAAGAUCUGAAAUAA